AUGAAAGGAAGGAACCAGUCCUCCACAAUUGAAUUCAUCCUUCUGGGAUAUUCUGGUCUCCCUAACCUGCCAGGCCUACUCUUUGUCUUGGUCUUAGUUAUAUACAUAACUAUUCUGCUGGGGAAUGCUCUCAUCGUUCUUAUAACAUGUGCCGACUCUGCCCUUCACACCCCCAUGUAUUUCUUUCUCAGGAUCUUAUCCUUCCUGGAGCUGUGCUACACUGCGGUCAUCAUCCCGGAAAUGUUGGCCAACAUCCUGGCAGGGGCGAAAACCAUCUCCUUUUCGAGCUGUGCGGCCCAGAUGUAUUUCCUCCUCUCGCUCGGAGGCACUGAGUGUUGCCUCCUGGCCCUGAUGGCCUAUGACCGGUACGUGGCAAUCUGCCGCCCCCUGGUGUAUGCCGUUGUGAUGAAGAAGAGCAUUUGCCUGCGGCUCGCGGGCGCGGCCUGGCUGAGCAGCAGCCUCGUGAUGCUAACGCACGUCAUGUGGCUGUUCCAUCUCCCUUUCUGCCCCCCCAUGGAGAUUGACCAUUUCUUCUGCGACGCUCCCCCAGUGCUGGAGCUGGUCUGCGGAAACACCAAUGGGAUUGAAAUCGAAGCCCUUAUCUCGACGGUGCUAUUUGUCGCCAUCCCCUUUGCGUUGAUCCUUUGGUCCUAUUUCUACAUCCUGACCGAAAUCUUGAAAAUGCCCUCAGCUGCAGGCCGGGGUAAAACCUUCUCGACCUGCACCUCACACCUCACCAUGGUGGUUUUGUUCUUCGGCACCACUGGUCUCACCUACUUCCAGCCCAAAUCUAAUAGUUCGCCCACUACCGGCAAAUUCUGGUCCCUCUGCUACACCAUCAUCACCCCGUUAUUAAACCCGGUGGUCUACAGCCUCAGGAACAAGGUAGUGAAAGGGGCGCUCAGGAGAACAUUUCAUAGGAUAAUAUCUUCCUGGGGAGAGCCACCAUUUUGA